AUGGCUAGUGCAGCUCCGAGCGAAUCAAGUGCCGCACCAAGUCAAUCAAGUGCCGCGCCAAGCAUGGCUAGUGCAGCCCCGAGCGAAUCAAGUGCCGCGCCAAGCAUGGCUAGUGCAGCCCCGAGCGAAUCAAGUGCAUCUCCUAGCAGCAGCAAAGGUCGCCGUUUUCUUCAAGCAUCAACCUCCACACGAAGUUCUUCUACGAAAUCCCAUCGCAGCAUUGAUCAGACCAGCAAAAGAAACUCUGCACCAAUCAGCAGCAGUCCAAGAGCUGCGUGUGAUUCUAAGCAACAGGACAUGAAGUGUGAACAAGGAAGCACCAGGCUUGCUGAGAACCGCAGCACCGAUCUAGCAACAUGCCAACAGCUGUGUGUUCAGACUGAUGGAUGUAACUACUACAGCUUUGCAGAAUCAGGAGAGCAUGCUGGAGUUUGUAUGGGUUGUGGGUCUACUUCCAAUGCCGUAUUUCAUGAAAACUUUGUCUUCUAUCCAGUUGGUUGCAGUUAUUAG